UCACACUACAAUACUUUCUCAUCCUUAGUUUUACCUGUGACACCCUCGCAAUGACAAGCCGGCGCAGCAAAGGGGACACUUAAGGGGAAUUUACGGAAAUCAUUACAGCUAGGAAACUAUAUACAAUUAUUGAGAGUAACUAUUGGGGAUAUUCGUUGGUAUCGACUUGGAGUAACUUUGGAUACUUGGACAGUGACUAUCGGAGAAUAUAUAUCUAUUUAUCAUUUUCGCUUACACAUUGCAUGAAACUGAGAGUGGAGAAGCACCAUGAGUCGGAAAACUAGACGCUGGAUUUUUCGGGUUUUGCUUUGCCUUGGGAUUGUCUAUUUGAAAAUCGGUGGCUUUUCAUCCGUGGUCGCGCUAGGUGCGAGUAUAAUCUGUAACAAGAUUCCCGGGUUGGCUCCCCGACAGCGGAUAAUCUGCCAGAGUCGCCCCGAUGCCAUUAUUGUCAUCGGAGAGGGAGCCCAAAUGGGGAUCAACGAGUGUCAGUUUCAAUUCAAAAAUGGGCGCUGGAACUGCUCUGCGCUUGGAGAGAGAACGGUCUUCGGAAAAGAGUUGAAAGUGGGCAGUAAAGAGGCUGCGUUCACCUAUGCCAUCAUUGCGGCCGGAGUUGCCCAUGCCAUCACUGCAGCCUGUACGCAGGGAAACCUGAGUGACUGCAGCUGUGAUACGGAGAAGCAGGGUUUCUACAGUAAAGGCCAGGGCUGGAAGUGGGGCGGCUGUUCAGCAGACAUCAGCUAUGGCCUGGGCUUCUCCAAGGUGUUCGUUGAUGCCAGGGAGGUCAAACAGAACGCCAGGUCUCUCAUGAACCUGCAUAACAACGAGGUGGGACGCAAGAUCCUGGAGAAGAACAUGCAUCUGGAAUGCAAGUGUCACGGUGUUUCGGGCUCCUGCACCACUAAAACCUGCUGGACUAAACUUCCCAAGUUCCGCGAGCUCGGCUACAUUCUCAAAGAGAAGUACGCCCAUGCUGUGCACGUGGAACCGGUCAAAGCCAGCCGCAACAAGCGGCCCAAAUUCCUCAAGAUCAAGAAGCCCUACUCCUACCGGAAGCCCAUGGACACAGACCUUGUGUUCAUUGAGAAGUCCCCUAACUACUGCGAGGCGGACCCGGUGACAGGCAGUAUGGGGACACAGGGCCGGAUGUGUAAUAAGACUGUUACGCAGCAGAUCAGUGGCUGUGACCUGAUGUGCUGUGGACGAGGGUACAACACACACCAGUACUCCCGCGUGUGGCAGUGCAACUGCAAGUUCCUGUGGUGCUGCUACGUCAAAUGCAACACCUGCAGUGAGAGGACAGAGGUGUACACCUGCAAAUGACAGUAUUUAUUGGACCGUCAGGAUGUGUGUGUGUGUGUGUGUGUGUGUGUGUGUGUGUGUGUGUGUGUGUGUGUGUGUGUGUGUGUGUGUGUGUGUGUGUGUGUGUGUGUGUGUGUGUGUGUGUGUGUGUGUGUGUGUGUGUGUGUGUGUGUGGGUGGGUGUGGUUGUGGAUGUGUGUGUGUGCAUAAUGGAAACUUUUUUAGGUAAUGGAUCAUUGCUGUUUUUGCAGCAGUAGACAUUGAGGAACUAUAAGCAGAAGAUGGAACAACAGCGAUUUUGUCUGCACACAAUGCUCCUUCUCCCCUCUCAUUGGACAUAUACUGGGAUGCCUGCAACAGAUCACCAUAAAGGGAAACACACUGUGUCCUGGAUGGCAGGAUGGGACAGCCUCAGGACAUGAACUAUAACACACUGCGCUAUCUGCCAGCCAGCCAGCCUAUGUUUUUGGACUAUGUGUCAAUGCUGAGACUGUUAAAAAGCUAUGGAUGGAUGUGUACUAUUUGUUGACUGUAGAGUGAAUGGAUUCCCCCAACGCUCACCAUAAAUCAGUGCUGGAUAUAAUGCUGGACUCUGCUACUACUUUAGUUCUCUGUACCUGUACACUCUUAGAAAAGGGGUUCUGAAAGGGCUCUUCAGCUGUCCCCAUAGUAUAACCCUUCCAGGUAGAACCCUUUUGGGUUCCAUAUAGAACCCUCUGUGGAAAGGAUUUUACA